AUGGCCUUUGUGACCCAAGAGUCGGACUUCCAGCACAUGCUUCGUGUAUGCAACACCAAUCUUGAUGGUAAGAAAAAGGUCCCAUAUGCGUUGACUGGGAUUAAAGGAUGUGGCAGACGUUUUGCCUUUCUUGUUUGUAAACGCGCUGGCAUCGACGUCAACAGACGUGCCGGUCUUUUAAAGGCCGACGAAGUCGACAAAGUCGUUGACAUCUUGACCAACCCAUUGAACUACAAAAUCCCCGUCUGGUUCUUGAACAGACAAAAAGAUAUUAAGGACGGAAAGAACUGUCAACUCAUUGCUAACGCCGUCGAAACUAGACUUAGAGAAGAUAUUGAGGCUCUUAAGAAGAUGAGAGCUCACAGAGGUCUUAGACAUUACUGGGGAUUGAGAGUCAGAGGUCAACACACCAAGACCACUGGAAGAAGAGGAAGAACCGUCGGUGUCUCCAGAACCAAAGCGCCAUCAGCUUAA